CAACCAACUACGAGAUUCAAUUCAGUUUGCAUAUUAUACCGUAGAAAAAAAAGUACGAAAAUUGCAUAUUUAUUAGAUCAUCUAAAAAAUUAUAUUAAAUCCUUUGCAUAGACAAGAUAAAAAAAUUUAUUGUGCAGUUAAAUAAUAUUAAUAAUACAAAGACAACAAAAAGUGAAUCACUUUUGUAUAUUAUGAGCGACUGGGCAAAAACUCAAAAGAACCAAACCAAUAAAAACAUUGAAAAAAUGUCGGAUGACGCAUCUAAGUUUUUGGGAGGGAUUUUGGGCGACAUUAGCUCUCGCUCGGCGUACUCCCAAAUACUAAUAGGUGCCUCAACUGGUUGGGCCACUGGUUUCGCUACCAUGAAAGUAGGAAAAUUUGCUGCUUUCGCCAUUGGUGGUGGUAUUAUAUUAAUGGAAAUUGCGCAUCAAGAAGGUUAUAUCGAAAUUGACUGGUCGAAAAUAACACGCAAAUUGGAUAAAGUCACCGAUAAAGUGGAGGAAGCUGUCACUGGCCACGAGAAAACUUGGAUUGACAAGACCGAAAGAUUUGUUGAUCGUAAAUUGGAUCGUGCUGAGGACUUGCUGAAGGGAAAAUCGAAAUUAGCCAAAAAAUGGUACAGCAAAUUGAUUGGCGAUGAAAAUGGCCCCAAAAUAAAUGAUCUACACAUUUUCUUAACUGCAUUCGUUGGAGGCAUUGCCUUGGGCAUAGCUACUGCCUAAAAAGUAAAGUUUUUAAAACAAUAAAAAAACCCAGAAACUACUCAGCAUAAAAAAGUAAUUUUAAAAAUGAAUGUAUUACCCUUAAAGAAUGUGUGUUAGAAGAGUCAUUUAUUUUUUUUUGUUGUCUUCAUUAUUACUUUAUUUAAAUUAUUUAAAAUGAAUUAUUUGUGAGAUGUACUUUUUUAAACGAAUCUUUAUUUAAUUUAUGUCUUAAAUGUUAAUUUUAGUAUUAUCACAAAAAAACAAAAAAAUGCGUUUAAUCGAAUAAAAUAAAACAACAAAUUAA